AUGGAAAUGGAGGAUUUUUCUUCCACCAGAAUGAAUGAGUAUGGUUCAUCUUCUUCUCUUGUUUUGGAUAGAGAAAGUGGAGAGCUUGUGGAAGCAUCCGUUAAGUUGGAACGCAAAGGUGUUUCACCCGAGAGAACUAUUGAAGCUUUGAAGAAUCAUAGUGAAGCUGAGAGGAGAAGAAGAGCAAGAAUUAAUUCACAUCUUGAUACUCUUCGUACCGUUAUUCCAGGUGCUAAUAAGUUGGACAAAGCAUCUUUACUAGCUGAGGUAAUUACACAUUUGAAAGAGCUAAAAACAAAAGAAGCACAAGCAAGUGAAGGACUAAUGAUACCAAAAGACAGUGAUGAGAUAAGAGUUGAAUCACAAGAAGGUGGAUUAAAUGGUUUCCCUUAUUCAAUUAGAGCAUCACUAUGUUGUGAAUACAAACCAGGUUUAUUGUCUGAUAUAAGACAAGCACUUGAUGAACUUCAGCUUAUGAUAAUAAGGGCAGAGAUUGCAACUUUAGGAGGUAGAAUGAAGAAUGUCUUUGUCAUAAUUAGUUGCAAAGAACAGAAUUUUGAAGAUGCCGAGUAUCGACAGUUUCUCGCUGGAUCGGUUCAUCAAGCUCUUCGAUCUGUUCUUGAUAGAUUUUCUGUUUCACAAGAUAUUUUAGAAACUAGAAAGAGAAGGAGGAUUUCUAUAUUCAGUUCUUCUUCAUCUUUAGGAGAUUUCUUAUAA